AUGGGCCCGCGCCGCCGGAGCCGCAAGCCCGAAGUCCCAAAGAGGCGCCCCGUGACCCCGGCCGCCGGCGCACCCCGGCGGGGCCCCUCAGGCACUUCCUCCCGUCAGCGUGGUCCCCGGAGAUACCGGGUUCUGAAGGAGAUCCGAACGCUUCAGAAGAGCACAGCCCUGUUGAUAAGGAAGAGCCCCUUCAGCCGCCUGGCAAGAGAGAUAUGCAUUAAAUUCACUCGAGGGGUGGACUUCUCUUGGCAAGCCCAGGCCCUGUUGGCCCUACAAGAGGCCGCAGAAGCAUUUCUAGUUCAUCUCUUUGAGGACGCCUACCUUCUGUCCUUACAUGCCGGCCGCGUUACUCUCUUCCCGAAGGAUGUGCAGCUGGCCAGGAGGAUCCGAGGCAUUCAGGAAGGGCUUGGCUGAGCCCCUGCCCCGAUCUCUGUAAGCCUUUCCUGCCCGCCGCAGAGAGAGCGCCCUUUGGGGAAGAAGCCCCCAGCCUCUCAUCCCUGCGAUGGGAGUUUCUCUGAAGGAAUUUCCAUCCGUGGUCCCUUGCUGUCUCACCUUCCCUUUGUUCUCUAGGAAAGGUCUGACUUGGUUUUAGCUUGAAUGGUUGGGGUUCUAUGGCUCCUGCCCUUUUGUACAAUGUUAAAUAAAAAUAUUUAUCUAUCUACUGAUGUCCAGACGACAUGA